AUGGGAAAAUCAAAGAAGAGUUUUAAGAAGAUAAGUAAUUCUGUAACUGAAGAGUUAAAUAGUGGCUUUUAUGAGUUGUUAAAAUAUGAUGAAUUACUAUCAAAGGGACUAUUAUUCUCUUUAGAUGAAUUGGGUAUCAUAAAGGCUAAUAGAAAGAAAAAUGAUAAGCUACAAAGUAGUAUAGAAUCAAAUAACCUUGAAAAUAGAGCCAAUAAUUUCCCUUAUGGAUGGUCUAAGUCACAUGUAGCUCAUGUUACUGCCUUAGCUAAGAAAAAUCAUAGCUUAGAUAUUUGCAACGGAACUACGUGUAGUUUGAAACCUGACCUUGAUAUAUGGAAGGACUCUUUAGAUAAUACUUCAAAAUUGAAUGCAUCUCAUAAUAAAUCAUUGGAGGUACACAAAAAGAAGUACCAAGUAGUACAUAUUCCUCAUUCUGGUCAAUCUAUUAACCCAUUAGAAACUGAAAGGCAAAAGGCUGUAAUACUAGCAGCAACUCCUAUAUUUGAAGAUUACGCAAUUACUAACGAUUUUAGGCUGGGGAAGGUUUCAUUAAGAUCUAUAUUAUUGAACUAUUAUGAAGAAGAUUUACUGAAUAAUUUAUCUGAUGAACUGAAGGUAAGAUUGUUGCUUCAAAUAAACAAUGGUAGAAUUCCAGAUCUGCUUGAGAUUGAGCACUGGAAAAAAGCUACAGAAGAAAAACCAUUAGUUGAUUAUAAAUUUUCAAACAAGCAUGAAACUGCUAGAGUAUGCAAAAAGAGCAAAAGAAAAACACAAGCAGAUCGCAACAGACUUAUAAGAAAUCGUAAUCAAAAGAGGGUUACUGAAGAGCGUAUAUUAAAAAAGACUCUAAAUAGGGAUGUGGAUAAAAUAGGUGAGUUAGAAGCUUUAAAUAAGAGACUUGAACAAAAGCGAGAAUAUCGAGAUAUGUUAAGGAAUGAGAUUCGAUUUGCACAAAGUAGAGGUAUUAUAAAUAAGCUACGGAUAGGGAAGAACCGUUAUGUUGAACCUACUAUGAAUGUAUAUUUAACUGAAGACGUUCAAAAAAGUGAAGGUUCAUUACGUAAAGUACAUAUCAAAGGUACAUUAUCAAAUAAUAUUGUUUCAAAUAUAUACAAAAAAGGGCUAGUUGAAUUACCUUCCGUGCAAAAUGCCCGAUAUGGAAGAAGAUUAAUUAAGAUUCUACGUAAAAAGAGAUUGUCACGAAAGCCGGCUAAAAGGUAUUAUCGCUUUCAUGAAGCAGCCUAG